AUGAACAGACACAACGGACCAAGGUGUUUCGAGUGACAUUUCGAGUGUUUUUGCAAGGAUUAUAAAAUGUUCACACCUGUGCGAGUUUUGAUGAAGUUUGGAUGAAGAUGAAAAAUUGCGCAUUGCAAAAAAUCUUCACCGGUAGGCAAAUCUGCAGAGCUUCCUAAACAAGUAUUGUAUAUCCAGGACUGAGAAUAUUUAAGGGGUGUUUACUGGACAGAUACGCAACUGCGCAAAAUGUCGAGAGCGCGUAAAAGUGUUCGGCUGCUUGUAAGCGUGCUGCUGGCUGUUUGGAUAGAGCGAGCAACCAGCUUCCCUACGAGACAUCACCAGAGCGCAAACACUAGAUUCAGACACGGAGUUUCCGUAGAGGUACAUCCUCAGACAGCUUUGAGAGACAUCAGCCAUGACCAUAAUCUCCUGCACCAGCAGAACCAGGUCCAGAGUAAUUUAGCAGACUCACAUCAUCACCAACACAAGUGGCCGCAGCAUCGCUCUUCAGGUGUUCUUCCUCAGCCUGAGCCCAAAGAAGAAUCCAAACCCUUUAUCCUAGACUUCAACAACUUCCCAGACCUGGCAAAUGCGGACAUCAGCUCCCAAAACCCAAACAUUCAGGUGACCAUAGAGGUGUUGGAUGACCCUCCCGUGGAAGUGGAGAUGGACCUGAUUAAAGAAUGGAACAAUGACUGGCCCACAUCUUCCUCCUCUCCUUCCUCUACAGUAGACUGGCUGGGCGGGAAGAAGCUGUUUUGGCCGUUGUUCUGGGGUUACACAGAUGCAGAUUUAGACGAGGAUGGCACAGGCCAAGCAGUGGAGGAAGAGGAUGACUACACACUGGAGUAUGACAGCGGGGAGCCACUGCCUAGUGGGUUGGGCGUGGAGGGUGGCGAUUGGGAAGCUCCAUUGACUCAGGGGUGGAAUCCUGCUCAAAGCCGUUAUGAAGAGAAAGAGGAGGAGGAAUGGAGUGCAUGGACUCCCUGUAGUGUCACCUGUGGCAAUGGCAACCAGACCCGCUCACGCUCCUGUGGAGAUUUCUGCACAUCUACUGAGACCCGAAGCUGUAACCUCGUCCCAUGCCCAGAUGAUUUGAACAGUGUGGGCGAUGUCUUUCCAUUUGAGAUGGAGAAUGGUACAGAACCUUUUGGCAUGGAUGUUGAUAGCUGUGAGAAGUGGUUGAACUGCAAGAGUGAGUUUCUUCAGCGUUACCUGCAGCAUGUCUUGACAGAAUUACCCAGCUGCCCCUGUACCUAUCCAUCAGAAGCCUUGGACAACAUUGUCAACCUGCUAGAUGCGAGACACGACCGGACCUUCCAAUGGAGGGAUGCAAGUGGCCCAAAAGAACGCUUGGACACCUACAAGCCCUCUGCGCAGAACUGCUUGCGCUCCACUCUCUCGCGAGAUGGCACCACACUGGCUGCCCAGCAUUGCUGCUAUGACGACCAUGGUCAGCUAAUUACAAGAGGCAAGGGGGCAGGCACCCCCAAUCUAAUAAGCACAGAGUUCUCCCCAGAGCUGCAUUUCAAGGUGGAUGUCCUGCCCUGGAUACUGUGCAAAGGAGACUGGAGCAGGUUCCAUGCUGUCCGUCCACCCAAUAAUGGCCUGCAUUGUACAGAGAACCCCCACCAGGACAUCUUCAUGAAUGAAUUAGAGGAAGCCAGAGAAUAUUGAGGCACCAAACUACUGUCCCUUCUCUGACCCUUACGUCCUGCUAUGGUGCUCAACAUAACCUUAUAAAAAAAAAUUAUAAUAAUAAAAAACAGUUUCUUUGCCAGCCGGAUAGGUGUGCAGUAUAAAACCAGUCUUGUCUCAUGGGACGCACUACUAUUACUGUGUUUGCAAAGCAUGGCUUCUUGCCAAUUAGCUACUUAUCUAAUGUUGAGGAGUUUUUGUGGCUAAUGGUUUAAAAAUGGUUUCCAGUCUGCACUCUUUUGACAUUUGACUGAUGUAAAAGCACUAUUUGUGUAUCCAAAAAUUGAUAAAAAAUGAUUUAGUAGCUGUAAAGCAUGUUUCAUACAAGCCUUUGUUUUUGUUUUUUGUUUUUGUUUUUGCAACCACAUAUUUACUUUGAUAUCAGUGCUGCUAUUUCUGUAAAAAUGUGACAAAUCAAUAUCAAUUUAAAUAGUUUUUGGAAGCUAAAUCCAACCAAGCUGCAAGAAAUGUAUCGAGGUGGCUGGAAUUCCAGGCUGAGGAACAUUAAUUAAAUAUGAUCAAACUAAUUCUGAUUAUUUUGUGGCAUGUACUGUAUAGCUUUCUAAACUUGAAGAAAGUAUUUGUGUACAGCCAUUUUGCAACAGUUUCUGAGAUUUUCAGUAAUGUCCAUGUGUGAGCGCAAAGAAUCUAAAAAUACAGUAGGUAAAUUUGUCUGGCACCUUCUGUGUAACAUUUCAACAAAUAUCACAUAUCACAAACACUUAAUCUCACCUAAUUUAAUCUACUCAAAGACCAAUAACACCAAUAAACAAACUAGUACUGUUUUUCUUGUUUUACUAGUCUCCCAAAGCCCCUUCAUGAAGGUGUCCCCUAGAGACUUAUGAGUAUGUCUGAGAGUGAAUGGGCACAUUUUCACUGCCAACUCAGGGGAAAUCUCUUCAUAACAAUCAAUGUUCAUUUAGCUCUUUAAUAGAGUUUCGAUGGAGUCUGUAAUUUCAGAUAGCAAACUAGCAGGCAGAGGUAAAUGGAAUAUUAAAAAUGGAAUAUUAGAACAUUAAAGUAUUUCUGAUUCAAUACUAGUUAAACUCAAUUGACAAAAUUUGUGGCAUAAUGUUGAUUACAACAAAAAAUUAUUUCGACUUGUCCCUCCUUUUAAUAAUAAUCGAGGUUACAGUGAGACACUUGCCAUGGAAGUGGUUGGGCCAAUUUUUGAAAGGGUUUAAAGGCAGAAAUGUGAAGCUUAUAAUUUUAUAAAAGCACACAUGAAUUCUUCUUUUAAAACUAUUGUAUUAUUUUAGCUGUAAAGUUGUUUAAAUUGUCUAUUUUACUGUCGUUUUAGGGUUUUAGCAUGUUCGGCAUUACAUCACUAUGGCAACAAAGUUGUAAAAUUGUGUAUAACUUAACAGAAAAGGUUAGUAAGCUAUUAUAUCACACUAAAAUCAUGUUAAAAUGAUUUUUCUUUUUUCUUUUUUUACGUCUUGUAGCUAUACUUUUGAAAUAGUGAGUAUUUUAGCAUACACGGAUUGACCCCAUUCACUUCCACUGUAAGUGCCUUACUUAAACCCAGAUUUUUCAAGUCGAAAUACAUUUUUGUUGUAACCAACGUUAUGUCGCAAAUGCUGUGAAUUAAGCUUAACUUGUACUGAACAUGGAAUAUAACUUUAAGAAUUUACAUUGUUACAGUGUGGUACUUAUAUAAUGCUAAUGUGCUUUUUUGACACAUUGUUGCGAAUGUGCAUUUGCUGUGUUGUUAUUGCUGUUGUUUCUCAUGCAUUGUUGGGAACGGUUGCAGGGGAGCUAUACUUGCUCAAGACCUCUUAUUUGAAAAUAUUCUUUUCAUGAGUAUGCAGACUGUGUAUGCACAUGCUAUGGCUGGCACUUUAUUUAACAUUUAUUCAAAUGUAUAUCUGUGUGAUAAAGCAAUGUUAUCUGUAUUUGUGGUGUUACUGUUGUGAAUGGAUUACCUCCCAUGGUCAUUGUUAUAUUAAUGAAAAUGUACAGUAAUUUUCUGAAUUAGUGUGUAGGCAUGUGAUUGUACAGUAUUUAUUGUAUUUUUAUCACACGUUUGCUGAUGCUUUGAACUGAUCAACCAUUCAUAUGGUGGACACUAACUUAAAAAGGGAAAUUGUGUCACAUCUCUUUAACAGCUACAAAAUUACUUGAUGUUCUAUGUUGAUUUUGCAAGUUGCAAAUUCUAUUAAAACAAAUACAAA